UCCUAACCUAACAUUCUGUGAUUUAAAUACCUUUAUUUAUAGACCUUAUUUCAAAGUAAUUUGCAUCACACGUUUAAACACAACACAUAAAUUACAUCUAAAAUAAAGGACAAUUCACAAAAAUGACGUUUCAAGUGGAAUUCCAAGUGGUGGUGCUGGCAGCUGGAAGAGGGUCUCGAAUGUCCGAACUGACAACAGAAAAGCCCAAAUGCCUUUUACCAGUUGGCCCCAAGCCCAUGGUCUGGUAUCCCUUGCAUAAACUGCAAACCUCAGGCUUCACAGAUGUUAUAAUGAUCGUGCUGGAGAACGAAAAGGCCGAAAUACAAAACACUCUGGACAAGUCCGACUUAGACAUAAAAAUCGAUUAUGUGUGCAUCUCAGAGAAUGGUGAUUUGGGCACAGCUGAUUCAUUGAAAGUGGUUCAUGACAAGCUCACUUCGGAUGUGCUGGUUGUUCCAUGUGAUUUUGUCACUGAUGCUAGUCUCAAAGGUUUGUUGGACACUUUUAGGAAGCAUAAUUCUACAAUAGCAGCAUUAUUGAUACAACCCCAACCUAGUGAAGUAUUUGUUGUGCCUGGACCAAAAUCAAAACACAAACCAGAACUUGACAUAAUAGGUAUUGAUUCUCAGACAAAUAGACUGGUAUUUUUAGCAUCUGCUAGUGAUUAUGAGAAUGAACUAACACUGCCCACUAGUUUAUUAAAGAAGCAUACCAACAUAGUAAUGUACAGCCAUUUAAUAGAUUCUCAUGUUUAUGUUAUUAAAAAAUGGGUUGUGGAUUACUUGAAAACUCUUGACUCAUUUAAUUCAAUCAAGGGGGAGUUACUACCUCACAUCAUCAAAAAACAACUUUCAAAGCCUCCUAAAGCUGUUAAUACUAAUACUUCCAUUAUUAAUACAGGCGAUAAUGGUGAUAUUUUUGUCUUUGCUAAAGAAGAUGAUCUAGAUUUGCGUAUUAGAACCACAUCAUCAUAUAAUGAUCACACAGGUGACCUUAAGGCAACGUAUCAUGAUGAUCCAAUUAGGUGUUAUGCUUACAUUGCACCUAAAGAAAACUUUGGGGUUAGACUUAAUACAUUGCCCACUUAUUGGUGGUUAAAUAAUAAGAUUUCAGAUAAAUGGGACUCAAUUACAGGUGGCAAAAGUUUGCUUAUGCAACAUCCCAAAGCAGACAUUAAAUCUAAUCAAGUGGACAAUAAAUGUAUUAUUUGGGAAUCAGCCAAGUUAAAUGAGAAGACUUCUUUUAAAAAUAGUAUUAUAGGAAGUAACACUGAAAUUAGUAGUUUUAGCAGAGUUUUCAAUAGUAUUAUUAUGAACAAUGUGACUAUAAAAGAAAAGGUUGCCAUUGAAAACUGCAUAGUUUGUGAUGGUGUUACAGUGGAAAGUGGAUGUCAGAUCAAAAAUUGUUUGAUUGGAAGCAAUCAUUUAGUCCCAGAGCAAUCUGAACAUUCAAAUGAAGUUUUAACAGAAUCUGACAGGCUUAUGGUGAUUUAAACAAAAGUAACAGUUUAUACUUUUAUACUAAUUGUUGUAUAUAAGAGUUUUAUUAAUUAUUUAAGAAACGCACUACAAAUAAAAAUAUGGAGUUUCAUAGAAGCGUUUCAUUCUGUUAAUGUUAAAAAAAAAACACUUUGUAUCAAAA